AUGGCCGAUUUGUUCACCACUAUCGAGACUCCUCUCGUCAAGUACGAGCAGCCUUUGGGACUGUUCAUCAACAAUGAGUUCGUCAAGGGCUCCGAGGGCAAGACCUUCGAAACCGUGAACCCCACCAACGAGAAGGUCAUCACCUCCGUCCACGAGGCCACCGAGAAGGAUGUCGACAUUGCCGUCGCCGCCGCCCGCAAGGCCUUCGAGGAGACCUGGCGCCAGGUCACCCCCAACGAGCGCGGUCGCAUGCUGGUCAAGCUGUCCGAGCUCAUGGAGCGUGACAUCGACACCCUGUCCGCCAUUGAGGCCCUCGACAACGGUAAGGCCUUCACCAUGGCCAAGGCCGACGUCGCCAACGCCGCCAACUGCAUCCGCUACUACGGUGGAUGGGCCGACAAGAUCCACGGCCAGACCAUCGACACCAACCCCGAGACCCUCGUCUACACUCGCCACGAGCCCAUCGGUGUCUGUGGUCAGAUCAUUCCCUGGAACUUCCCCCUCCUCAUGUGGGCCUGGAAGAUUGGUCCCGCCAUCGCCGCCGGUAACACCGUGCUCAUCAAGACUGCCGAGCAGACUCCUCUCUCCGGUCUCUACGCCGCCAAGCUGAUCAAGGAGGCUGGCUUCCCCCCUGGUGUCAUCAACAUCAUCUCCGGUUUCGGCCGCGUCGCCGGUGCCGCCAUCUCUAGCCACAUGGACAUCGACAAGGUCGCCUUCACGGGUUCCACCCUGGUCGGUCGUCAGGUCCUGCAGGCCGCGGCCAAGAGCAACCUCAAGAAGGUCACCCUCGAGCUGGGCGGCAAGUCCCCCAACAUUGUCUUCAACGAUGCCGACAUCGACAAUGCCAUCUCCUGGUCCAACUUCGGUAUCUUCUUCAACCACGGCCAGUGCUGCUGCGCCGGCUCCCGUAUCCUGGUCCAGGAGGACAUCCACGACAAGUUCGUCGCUCGCUUCAAGGAGCGUGCCGCUCAGAACAAGCUCGGAAACCCCUUCGACCAGGACACCUUCCAGGGUCCUCAGGUCUCCAAGCUCCAGUUCGACCGCAUCAUGGAGUACAUCAACCACGGCAAGCAGUCCGGUGCCACCGUGGCCCACGGUGGUGAGCGCCACGGUGACGAGGGCUACUUCAUCCAGCCCACCGUCUUCACCAACGUCACUAGCGACAUGAAGAUCUCGCAGGAGGAGAUCUUUGGACCUGUCGUCACCGUCCAGAAGUUCAAGGACGAGGCUGAGGCUAUCAAGAUUGCUAACAGCACUGCCUACGGUCUCGCCGCCGCCGUCCACACCAAGAAUGUCAACACUGCCAUCCGCGUCUCCAACGCCCUGCGCGCCGGAACCGUCUGGAUCAACAACUACAACCUCAUCUCGUGGCAGGCUCCCUUCGGUGGCUUCAAGGAGUCCGGUAUCGGCCGUGAGCUCGGCUCGUACGCCCUCGAGAACUACACCCAGAUUAAGGCCGUGCACUACCGUCUGGGCGACGCUCUCUUUGCUUAA